CCGCGCCGCCGGCGCUGCCGCGGGGGGCCGGGCCCGGCCGGGCCGCGCGGGGGGCGCGCAGGCCUCGCCCCGCUCCCCGGGCUCUGCGCCCCGCUCCCCGGGCUCUGCGCCCCGCUCCCGCACGCAGAGCGCCGGGGUGUCACCGGGAGGGGCCGGUCGGCGCGGGACCGGCCACCUGCGCGGGCAGCGGCGGGGCAGCUCCCCGGGCCGCCGUGAGCGCCCGCGGCUGCCCCGCGCUGUGACGCGGCCCGCAGGGUCGCCCGGCCGUGCCGGGGUUCCCAGCGGUUCCCGGAGCCCGGGAGCCGGCGAUGCCCGGCGGCACCGGGGCCCGGCUCCCGGGCCAGGACCGGGAUGGCCGCGCAGCCAGCAGCCCCCUCAGCCUGUGGACCCCCGGGCUCUGUGCCCCCCGCUCCGGUGGGCGCCCUUGAGUUGUAUUCCCUCGUUGAAGUUUAAUAUUUGGGGAUAGGGAGGAGAGUUUCAGCUUCUGUUGUGGCGUCUUUUCUUUUCCUGGCUGUAAGUACUUCCAGAUGGGAUUUAGACCCCAGACGUAACAAUAUUUCCAUAUUUGGUAUAGCAGUAGCCCGCAUUUUUCACAUUUUUCUGCUCUGUUAUCCAACCACAAAGCAUUCUUGACAGCUUCAGAUGUUGUUAAAUAUAGCCUUAACUUCUGUUCCCAGGGCAGGAAAUUCUUUGGAAUUCCUGUUUUUCACGCAAUCUGUCUAUCAUGAUUUAGGAGAACUCUGCUGGAGGAGCCAACUGGCGUUCUGCUGCAGUUCGCUCCUUUAUUGAAAUAGCCCAGCAGUUGGGUCUGCUGCCCAAAGGCGCUACAAUGAGUCCCCAUUCCAGGGAUUUUUCUUUGCAAAUGAGAUUACUGUUCCCAACACAAGUUUGGGGUUUUUCUUGUCGCCUUCAAGGCUGGAAGGUAGAGAAGCCGGAUUCAAAGGAGAGGCGAGAGCUUGCAAAACCCCCUGCAAAGGCCAUGAAAAGUGGAGGGGGAGAGGGCCAGGGGGACAGCGGGCGGGUGGGGGAUGCGGAGAGGAGGGAUGUGAUGAACCUGGCUGCGGCAUUCCCGUGCAGCGGUGUCCCUGCGUGCCGCCCGCCCGGGCAGGGCAGCAGCCGCAGCCCCGCCGCUCCCAGGAGCCCAGCCCGGUCGUCUCGUCGCCUGCCCGGUGCCACGGCCCAAAGGGUGACAGCCAGGACGGUGCGCAGGGCUCCGCAACAGUUCUUCAUAGCUGUACGUAGGGACCGUGGAGCAGCAAGAAGGGUUGUGUGGGACAGAGGCUGCCCGGGUGCUCCCACUGGCAGAUGAGAAGACUGUUGAUAGCACACUGUUUCAGUUGUUGCUGAGCAGUGCUUGCACUAAGUUGAGGACUUUUCAGCUCCUCCCCCCACCCCACCAAUGAGGCUGGGAAGUGCAAGAAGCUGGGAGAAGACACAGCAGAGACAGCUGAUCCCAACUGGACAGAGGGACAUUCUGUAUCAUGUGACACAUGGUCAGUGUGUAAACUAGGGGGAGGCUGGCCGGGGGCUCCUGCUUGGGAACUGGCUGGACACUGGUCAGGGGAUGGUGGGGAAUUGCGUUGGGCAUCACUUGUUUUGUGUGUUCCUUUUUCACUAUUACUAUGACUAUUACUUUGCAUCCUUUCCUGUUCUGUUCAAGCGUCUCUGUCUAAGCCAUGGCUGUACUGUUCCCCCUUCCCUCCCCAGCCCGCUGCAGCCCGUGAGUGGCUCUGUGGUGCUCAGCUGCCUGCCGGGUUAAACCACGACCGUGUUUACCUACCUCGGGCUGGGCCUCUCCCGCAGCCUCUGCCAGGCCGCUGGUUCCUGCUGCACUAAAUCAGUCCUCCCUGAGUCAAUGGCUCCUCUCAGUCACUCACAGGAGGUGCAAAUCCAGUGGGGCAAAUUAAGCAUAGCAAUGCACAGGCAGAGCAGCCAAGUAGCCAGGAGGCUUCGGCAGCUAAAAUUCAAGUGGGUUCAGAAGUUUUUCCUUGCUUUGAUUUGUUCAGAGUUUAUGCUGAAUUCUUUUGAGUAUGGCAUUUCCUAUUUGUUUUCUUCCUCUUCCCUACUGCCCUGCCUUCAGCUAUGCUCAUGCCUGUCAGUUUUUGUACAGUCUGUGCCUUGCUUGUGGUUUCCAAUAUGUGGGGGUUUGCUUUGCAGUAUUUGUGCAGUGAGAGACACUGUGCUUUGUAAGUGUGCUGCAUUUUCCCCUGGCUGCUGUCAAAGUGUUGUGGAGGUUCCCAUUGUGUGGAAUUGCAAGGGAGACUUGUGAGCCUCCUCAUCCAGCAGGGAAAGAGAGAAGGAAAAUCUGAUGUCAUAUUCAGUUGUGCUUAUUUCUGCUUUGGUGUGUGAACUGCAUGGCCAUACUUGCAGCUUACAUGGAUACAAGGAUCCCUACAACUUCCAUGGACAUAAGGGACACAGCAAUGUGACAGAGGCAGGAAGCAUCCCUGCUGAUGAUCAGGCGUGGUGUGCUCCUGAUGAGCCCCUGUUGGGCUGUGUCUGUACUGCAUGGCUUCCUCACAUCGAGCUGGAUGCAGAAACGUGCAGCAGUUACAGCCAGCUCCUGCUCAGUUCCUCCCCAGUCAGAGACUCAAACACCUUUGUCAUGGUCAUUCGAGGAUCUGAUAUUAACUUUACUUCAGCACCAGUGACUACCAUUACCUCAGUGAGAUGAGUGAAUUACUUACACAUUUUCAUCUACUCUUAUGCAGGUGUACCUCAACACUAGGCUACAUCCAGAAGAUGCAGUUUGCAUCAAGUACCUCCCUAUAGAUGAAGUUUGGAAUGCUGAGACUACUGUGGGCUGUGUCACUCCAUGGCACAAAAUAAAAAUCAUCGGGUGGCUCUAGCUA